AUGGUGCAAGGUACGGAAUCAUGGUGGUUGGCCCAAACCAACCUGGCUUUGACCAAUCAAGUGCCAGCUGCAGCGGAGUGUCAAAUGCAGGUACCGGACCCGCGAAACUUGCUGAGCCGGCUAAGCACUAUACAUACUUUCAUUCAUUCUCGGCAGACUUGCCACUUUGUCCGUCCCGACGAGUUCCCGCCUCAUUGCUGCCUCCUGGUUACUUCUGAAUCCAAACUACUCAGACGACCACGAGUUCCGUUCUUUCCCUCAAGGUGCUCUGGUAUUAGCAUCGCCGGCCCUUUUUCCACAUCCAUCGACGGCUCUUCGAAUCUCCCAACAUCUUGUUCGCCUUUCGUCGACGAACGAUCGAACAGCGUCCACAAAACAACACAUUCAUUUCUGACUACCGCGAUCCUGGCUGGUCUGGCCGGUGGGGCAUAUGCUGCUCAUGAGGGCGGCUUUGCCGUCCUUCACUUCCACUCCAGCAAGCAGAAGGAGAUCGCCCGUGGCCGCGUCGACCCCAUUGUCACGCCCGGUGGGACCGCCCAGCACGUCCACGGCGCCAUGGGUGCCAGCGGCUUCUCCAGAGACGCAACCGGCCAGAGCCUGAAGCGUUCCCGCUGCACCAACUCUCGUGCCAAAGAGGACCUGAGCUCCUACUGGUUCCCCUGGCUCUACUUCCACGAUGAGGAGACGGACACUUUCGAGCCUGUUGACAUCAGCUACGUCAACGUUUACUACUUUUUUGACCGCACCAACGAUGACAUCAAAGCCUUCCCCACGGGACUGCAAUUCGUCGCCGGAAAUGCCAGCACUCGAGUCUCGCCGGGUACUCACGGUCGUACGAACAUCGACCCAAGCAAGGGCACCGUCCAGCCGGUUCAGUGGACUUGCCCUCGAGCCAACUCCAACUACGACAACCCCCCUUCGUGGCCCCUCGACUCGGAUGGAUCCCUAGCCGGUGAGCGUAACCCCCGCAACCACGGCGCCGGAACCGGCUUCCCCAGCGUCGAUUGCGAUGGCAAAUAUUCACCCCUGCGUGCCGAUGUCCACAUGCCGUCGUGCUACAAUCCCGAAGCGGGUCUCGAUGCCCAUAAGACGAACUCGGCCUACCCCAGCGAUGCCGGCGAUGGUCGCGUUGACUGUCCGGAAGGCUGGAUCCACGUUCCCCACAUGUUCUACGAAGUCUACUGGGAUACCCCCAAGUUCCGGGAACGCUGGCCCAGCCACGGCCAGCCGUUCGUCCUGUCGAACGGUGACGUUAGUGGUUACAGUCUGCACGCUGAUUUCAUGGCCGCCUGGGACGAGGACGCCCUCCAGACGGCCAUCGACAACUGCAAUGUCGGUCAUGCUGGCUUGCACACUUGCCCCGGCAUCACGGAGAACACGGUUGACGACUGCGUUGGCGAGUUUCAAUUCCAGGAACUCGUGACCGGCGUACUCGACACCCUUCCCGGCAACCUCCCGCUCCAGGGUUGGAGCUACGGUGUCGACAACGGAGGCGGCGCCGGCAGCAUUGUCGAUGACGUUCUGCCCGAGCCCGUGGAGACCGUGCUUCCCAUCCAUCACGCUCCCGAACUGGACGAUGCCCGUCCCACUCCCGUCUUCUCGACCAUUCAGGAACCCGAGUCCCCCGAGCCAACUCCUGCCCCUGAGUCUCAGCCUGAGCCCGCGCCGGAGCCCGUGCAGGAGCCCGUGGAGGAGGAGCCCGUGCAGGGGGAGCCUGAACCUGAGCCGACGACUUCCUGCAAGAAGAAGGCCAAGACUGUCUGGGAGACCGUCACAGUCACGGCGACCGCCACGCAGAUCGUGUCUGAGCCGGCCCCUACGCCGCUGGAGAAGAUGCGGCGCCACGUCCACCACCACGCCUUGCGUCACCGUAGCCUGCGCAAGUAA